AGCGACAGACGGGCUCGGCGGCUUUGUUGUGUUGGCAAAAACAGAGGGCGUAAACACCUACACUACUUUGCUAUCCGUCGCAUAUCUCUUCCGCGAAGGCCAGAGGCUCACGAUAUAUUGCUAGAUUCCCUGCGCUGCGCUGCACGUACUCCACAAUGGCUUCUCCCCUCCCCACGGAUGAGCUCACUGAGAUCGUCAGGACGACCGUCGAGUCGGCCCUCGCCUCCGCAGAGAAGUACGAGCACGACAAGGUAGCAGACUGGAACACCGCCAUCAUCAACAACCUCCUCAAGACCCUCAUUGAAAAGACCACCCCCGCCUCCCAAGACACCUCCAAGCCCGCACAGCCCGCCUACAAGUACAUCGCCCACAGCACCAUCAUCCAGCACCCGGGCGCGCCCUCGGAUGGCGGCGCCGCCGGCCGCCGCGGCAUGCACAGCGCUGUCGGCGCGUUCUGGAACACCGAGAAGGACGGGACGCUGAGCUACAAGUGGGACGGCGCCGAGAAGAAGGGCAUGGAUGUUGUCGUUAGCGUAAACUGGAUCGGGAUCUGAGGGGACGGCGAAGGGGUGUAAGAGAAAGAGGCAGUCAUAGGCAGGACCAAAAGUUGGGGAGGUGGGAGAGUGUCAUCAAUUGCAUGGUGGAGGGGUGUUAGGGUGCUUUUGGGAUGGGGCUGGACUUCUCUGCACAUAUGCGAAUCAAAUUCAGUAUUUACCUA